CAAUUUUAUUCCAAGGGCGCUGCCAUUACCGAGUUCAUUUUUUUUGUUGUUGUUGUCGCAAACAAGAUCUGUCAAUAAUGUCGUAAAAUAAAUGUUUUCGGAUGUCGUUCUGAAAGUGAUAACAAACAGUUGCCCUUGGAGCCGGCAAGAGUUAAACAAUAGAGAGCUUCUGUUCAACUUGAGUUGAGAGCUAGGAACCCUGAUGAGGUGAAUGAAGGUGGUGUCAAAAUGUUGACAAGGCCAAUCAAAGAUUGGCUCUCAGAAUAUAAGGGUCUUUCUAACAAUGAGGUCCUGAGCUUUGCUUGUGGCCUGUCAGUGAAUGAAGAGUUGAUAUCGGACUUGUUCACUUUGUUUGAGACACCUCCAUUCUAUGUGCAGGAGCUGGACCCAGUGUGCCAUCAACUGUACGAGUUUUACAGGUCAAAAGAUGAAAAACUCAAGCGCUUCGCCCUGCAGUUCGUCCCGACCCUGAUCUGGCUCUACCUUCGAUGUCUAAGUCUAGGUCAGAAAAAGGUCUGCGGUGGUGUAGAGACUUUGUUACUCGGAGUCUACAAUUUGGAAAUUGUCAAUCCUGAUGGGACACCUGUGGUGGAAACAUUUCGAAUCCCUACCAUCAACAAAGCUUCACUAUAUCAUGAGUCCAAGAUCCCCGGGGUGACUGAGCCAUUGACAGAGCAGUCUCUGAGGUCACUUAACAAGUCACACUCGGUAUGGAAGAGUGGACCAUACCAGCAACAUGAACGCUUUCUUGCUCAGAACAGGUUCAACAUUUUAACGUUUGUGAUGCACUGCUACAAUAAUUCCAUUGACAGAUUCCAUGAGCUUUCACUGAAAGCAUUGUGUACAGCACUGAUCAGUCUGAAUGAAUCAGGAUUCUCUCAAAGCAAUGAGUUUAAACAACUGCCCAUGAUUUCCUUAUUCCCUUCCCUUAUUGUGGAGAUGCUGGUGGCAGUUUAUUUUGCUAUGUUCAAUGGACAAAAGAAGACAGCCUUGGCAGCCAUCCAGGUGGCCCACCAAAGAGCAAGCUUUGAGUUGUACUCGGAUGUUUUACUGAUAACAAAUGCCAUGAUCAAUUCUUAUCACCGAGGAAAUUUCUCCUUUGAUAACCAUGAAGUCAACAUAGAGGCACAGAAAACAGCCCAUGCAGUGAAACACAGAAUAACAAAUGCUUCUUUUAAAGCCACAAAGUUGCCAGAUGACAUUGAUAUAGUAGAGGAAGAAGAGUCUCCUAGACUGUCCACCGUGGACGAGGACCAGGAGCACUCCCUAGCCAAGAACAUCAAGGCUAAACUAAGGAACAAGCUUGGGGUGGACAAGAACAAAAACCGGGAGACCAGCCGGCGCAACAGCGACACACCCUCCAUGAAGUCUGGAAGCGGCAGUGAGCUGACUGAUGGUCUCGGCGUCAUCGUCCGCUCUGGCGGUGGCAAUAGCGGCAUCGUGGUGGACAUGCUGGAAAUGCAGCCUUUGAAGGACGGGCCAGACCGGGACAAGAAUCAAUUGGGAGACGGCAAACACUCUAAGUCUUCCCCAUCACCGUCUGUGCUGUCAAAAAAGUCUGGUUUGAAAAAGACCUUGUCGGGUUCAGAUACGACAGGCAAAGGCCAGUCCCACACAUUGACGACAUCUUAUUCAUCUUCCUCGUCAUUGUCUCCCAACCCAGUUUCAGCCAACGGUAGAGCCAGCUCUGCCAGUCUAAUCGGCAGCUCUCACUCUAAAAACUCGUCACCUUUAAACAAAUCCAACUACCUGGAGCCCUCUUACCGAGCCCACUCAGAGGGCCCUGUCAUAAGCUCACUUUCUUCCUCUGCAGCCAACCAGAAAGAAAACGAACUUGCCUCCUGUUCCAACCUCUCUGAACCUACUCUCCAUACUACUCUUUCCCCAGCCCACCCACCUCCCUCCUCUUUGAGCACUCACUCCAUCCCAGCUGAGGUCUUGUCCGGCAGUGGGUCUGAAAAGCCGGCCAAGAAGCAGCAGCUGGUGAACCGUAACUCCUGCAGCACAAACUUAUGACGCAGCUUUGAGUUAUGUUCCCUUAAACUCUUCCUGGGCUCACCCCUUCUAGCUAGGUACUUGUUUAGAGCAGAACACUGUAACUGGUCGCAGCUAGCUAAUGUCAUUUGCUCGUGUGUAGGAUUUCUUAAUAUUUUGUCCACUCAGUAUCACGUACAAUGCAAUGAUUUUCAUAAAAGUAAUAUUUUAUAUAAUAGAAUUAUCUUUACUUUUAACAUUGCCAAAGCAUUUUUAAUAUGUAAAUAGAUGUGGUUAUUAACUUAAUAAUUGUGUUUCAGUCAUAUUAUUUGCACAUAAACAUUUUCUCUUUUUAAAAAAAAAAAGUCAUUAAUUCACUAUUGUAUCUUAUUCUGGUUUCCUAAUUAUAAAAUAUUUAACACAUUUUUGUGUUUAUAUGAGUUGUAUGGAGUGAUUAACAUUUUUUUUUUACAAUAUAUAUGACUAAUGUUUUUUUUUAUAUUUUGACCAAUAUCUUAUGUUGACCUCAUUCAAGUUUUGAAAAAGAAAGUUAAGAAUUAUGUAUUGUAUUUUGUAUGUUGAAGGCAAGAAGUCCACCUGCCGGUCAGGAAAAGAUAACUUAACACUAUGCAUCCAAUGUAGUAAUUGCCCUUGUGAGAUAGCGCAAGUUUUACAAGUGUUAUCAUUUCAGUCCAGUCUGUAGGAAUAGCGCAAGUUUUACAAGUGUUAUCAUUUCAGUCCAGUCUGAAAUUCCUACAAAUAAUAACAAAGUAUCCAUCAUAUUAUCUUACAGCUUGGCUCAGAAUUAUUGUCACUUUGACCAGAUCUAACUACUUUUGUGAGCCUAUUUGUAACAUGGUGUUUGUUAACACUGUAUGCUGUGAACAUGUAUCUGUUAGGACAAAAAAAGGUGUCAGAAGCUAGACAACCAAAAGUAUCUUGAAAUAAGUGCAAUAGGUUCUGAUGGCUUCAUGUCUACAACACUGCUCAGCAAUACCACACCCAGUGCUUUUUUUUUAUAUGGCAUCAGUGUUUCACACUAUCAAUCUUUCUUAUCCUCUCUUGUAGAUUUAUUUGGCUGAUUUGAUUGUUCAUAGGUAUUUAACCUAAAAUCUUGGGCAUGGGGUCUAAAUAAUUGACCAUAUAAUUGACUUCGUUGAUGUUGUCGUAUUGACAAGAUUUUGGUUUUGAUGUGGUGGAAAAGCAUCAAUAAGAUCAGUGUUUACUGUUUAUCAUGCACUAAAAGUUUAUGAUGAAUAAAUAUAGCAUGUUAGAUUUAUUCACUAUUUAUUUCAGCAAUAAAGUGGCAAACGCCAUUUAUGUACUGGUAUGAGAAGCGUAGCAUUUUAAAAUCUAAUUUUUAGUAGAUGAAGGAUAAAACCAGAAAUAGAGUGGCUCCUUUCCGCAGUUCUGGGACACGUAUUGUCUAUCCAUCAAAGAGGCUCAAGUUUGAGCCAGCGCAGAACCCUUCCUGAUACCCCCUUCUCCCACUGGUUUACAAAAGAGAUUAAACCAUAACCCACUAAGGAUGAUAGAUAGACAGAAUGUCUAAAAGGGGAACUGUACUUUAUAUACACUAAUCAUGAAAGAGGUGCUAUAUAAAAGCAAUUUUUUUAAAAAACUAUUAAGAAAAUUUUGUUUAAAUCUUAAUGGUGAAAUCAUGUGUUACCAGGUAGAGGAACUAAUUGGCUGAUUGUAUAAUAGAACCAGUAGUAUGUCCAUCUGCAGCUCUAGGUCUUUGCUUUGUUACACACACAUCUAGUGAUGUGGGGCGAUCAGCCGUCUACUGGUAGUCAAACCUAUAUUUUUUACUUUUAAUUUUCUUUUUUUUUUUGUAUUGACUUGUGAUAUUGAUAACUAUAACUACAAGAAUGUUAAAAUGAUUUCCAUUGGUAUAAUUUAAUAAAUAAUUAGUUUUUAUUAAAAUA